UUUCCACUGAAACGUCAUGUGUCGUCAGACACGUCAUAACAACAACAGCUGGUGUUGGCCAAAAUAAAUUCGUGUAAAAAUUGUAUUUCAGUUCUGUGUAAAAUAAAUAAAAAGUAAAAAAAAUAAAACAUGGACGAGAGUAAUAUUCCAAUAGACAUUAAUAUUGGUAAAUUACAAGAUUGGUUGGUUAGUCGUCGGCAUGUAAGUAAAGAAUGGCAGAAGGGUGUCCCGGCUGUGAGGGAGAAGAUCAACAAUGCGUUGCAGGACAUGCCUAAACAUGAUGACAUAGCUAGCCUGCUGGCUGGCAGCUACAUCAACUAUUUCCAUUGCUUAAAAAUCAUUGAAAUCUUGAAAGAAACUGAGGCAGACAGUAAAAACCUCUUUGGAAGGUAUGGGUCACAAAGGAUGAAGGACUGGCAGGAUAUAGCCCGCAACUAUGAGAGAGACAACCUGUACUUAGCAGAGGCAGCUCAAAUCUUAGUGAGGAACAUUAACUAUGAGAUACCGGGACUUAAGAAACAGAUUACUAAAGAAGAACAGUUGCAAGUUGAAUGUGAGAAGAAGCACUCAGAUUUUCUAAAGAAUGAAGCUUCCAGUAAGACAGAGUUCUUGACGCUUUGCAAACAGCUUGGCAUUCAAGGGGAGAGAAUUAAGAAGGAGCUGAUAGGCACAUCAUUAAAGCCGUUACAGCCAGCCAUAGACUUAUACGCAGCAUUUUCAAAAUACAUUCUCGGUGACAGAGCGACAGAGGUAUUGCCAUUAUUGCAAUUUGUGGUGGAGCAUGGCAACACCACGAUGUACGAGUGGAGUUACGGGGAAGCCCCGCUUAGUGUCGAACCUGAUCCUAUUCAUAUUGAAAUUGAUGAUGAAGACCAGGGUGCUGGGGAUCAGAUCGACUUCGGCUCACUGGACGCGCCGGCGGAGAUCGACUUCGGCGACGGAGACGCCGGCGCCGAGAUAGACUGGGGGAACAUUGAUGUCGCGGCCCCGGAAAAUAUUCUGGAAUCAUUCCUAAAGAUGCGUCUAUACGAGACGAACACGUCGGGUGACAACCACUCCUUCAGCUUACUGGAGCAGCUCCCCACAGAGAGCACGGCGGCGCUGACCGCCAUGUUGGAUGCUGUACAGGUCGCUGCUAGCAAACUCACUGCGCCUGAGAUGAACCAUCUACAUAAUGUUAAGCAUUCUCCUAGGUACGUGGACGUUUUAACAGCCCAACUGAAACAGAAGCUAGCUCUAUGCGACAAGUUGUCCCGCCUGGCGUCGCGCGCGGCGGACCAGAGCGCGGCGGCCGGCGCGCGCGCCACCGAGCUGCGCCCUGUACUCACGCGCAUCAUUGCCAGGACUAAGGAGCUGCAGGCACAGAUUGAAAGCGAGAUCUCGAAGAAGUACAAAGGUCGGCCGGUGAACAUCAUUGGAGGCGUCAAGUUCUUAUAGAUUCUCUAUUAUUGUACAUAUUGUUGGUUCUAUUCGUUAUUAUAAAUAAAUUAUAUAUAUA